AUGGCGAAGAAGAAAAAACAAAUCCAUGUAAACAUAAUUGACCUACAAAAGUACUAUCAGAAAGAUGAUCUCAUAAUUGAUGCCAAGCUACCUGAACCCAAGAGAGCAGACGAGAGAAGGAAAAACAUUUUCGAGCAGAAUGAGUUUGUUCAGAAUAUUGAAUGGCGGGUUCUAGAUGAAGGUAGCCAAAAUAAUAAAGGGAAUGAGCCUUUUAAUAGAAGAGAUGAUAACAGAAAUAAAAAUACCACCUUUGAUAGGGGCCAUGGGAAGAAAGGGGAGUUAUCCCCCCACAUGGGCCACAGGGGCAAGGGGAGGCAGAACGGAACAGGUGGUGACGAAGAAGAUGACAUGGAAUUUUUCAACGUAAGAUCCAAACGGGAUGAAGACAACCUCGACUUUGCAAAUCUUCGUAACAAGCGGGAGGAGGAUGUCGAUUUCGGAAAAUUCAGAAACAAGCGAGACCAGGACUUGGACUUUGUGACCUUCCGUAACAAGCGGGAGGAAGAUGUGGAUUUUACCAAUCUGCGCAAUAGGAGAGAGGACGACAUGGAUCCUAAUAACCUUAGAAACAAGCGAGACGAGGACGACCUCGACUUUGCAAACGUAAGAACCAAGCGGGACGAAGACGACCUAGACUUUGCAAAUCUUCGUAACAAGCGGGAGGAGAACUCGGUCUUUUCCAAUGUAAGAACCAAGCGGGACGAAGACGACCUCGACUUUGCAAAUCUUCGUAACAAAAGGGAGGAGGACGCGGUAUUUUCCAACGUAAGAGCCCAGCGGGACGAAGACGACCUCGACUUUGCAAAUCUUCGUAACAAGCGGGAGGAGAACUCGGUCUUUUCCAAUGUAAGAACCAAGCGGGACGAAGACGACCUCGAUUUUGCAAAUCUUCGUAACAAGCGGGAGGAAGACGCGGUAUUUUCCAACGUAAGAUCCAAACGGGAUGAAGACAACCUGGACUUUGCAAAUCUUCGUAACAAGCGGGAGGAGGAUGUCGAUUUCGGAAAAUUCAGAAACAAGCGAGACGAAGGCGUCGAUUUUGGAAAGUUCAGAAACAAGCGAGACGAGGACGACCUCGACUUUUCCAACGUAAGAUCCAAGCGAGACGAAGACGACGUCGACUUUUCCAAUCUUCGAAACAAAAGGAAUGGAGAUGUGAGCUUUGGCAAUUUUAGGGGCAGGCGUGACGACGGUGUCGACUUCGGCAACGUUAGAAGCAAACGGGACGAGGCGGCAAGGGAAAAGGCAUCGUCCACCGAGAAACCUUACCACCUUAUACGGCUAGAGGAGCUCAGGAAACGGAAAAGGCUUCAGGAGAAGGUGAAUGAUAGCGAAAUUCCCACCCGCGAGAACGGGGAUGUUCUUUGUGAGCACCAGGAGGAGAAGCCCGAGGAGAGUGCCAAGAAUGAGGUUGAAGAGAGUGCCAAGAAUGAGGCUGAAGAGAAGGCCAAGAAUGAGGCUGAAGAGAAGGCCAAGAAUGAGGCUGAAGAGAAGGCCAAGAAGGAGGCUGAAGAGAAGGCCAAGAAGGAGGCUGAAGAGAAGGCCAACAAAGAGGCUGAAGAAAAGGCCAAAAAAGAAGCUGAAGAAAAGGCCAAAAAAGAAGCUGAAGAAAAGGCCAACAAAGAGGCUGAAGAAAAGGCCAAAAAAGAAGCUGAAGAAAAGGCCAAAAAAGAAGCUGAAGAAAAGGCCAAAAAAGAAGCUGAAGAAAAGGCCAAAAAAGAAGCUGAAGAGAAAGCCAAAAAAGAGGCUGAAGAAAAGGCCAAGAAGGAGGCUGAAGAAAAGGCCAACAAAGAGGCUGAAGAAAAGGUCAACAAAGAGGCUGAAGAAAAGAUUACCAAGGAGAGAGAAGCCAAAGAUGUGCAGGAGAAAGAAGCCGAAGAGACUUCUCCAAACGCCGAGAAGCAACCCACCCCUGUUGACAUCUCGAAACCGGCUGACCAAGCGGGUGAGGGCACGCCAAAGAAAAAGUUCGUUCCGAAGAGGGUCAUGAUGUACCAACAGGAGCAGAAGGAGAGGGAGGAGCGGAACCAGAAGAUUCUAGAGGAGCAGAAAAAACAGAGGGAGAUGAAGUUGCAGCUUCUGAAGAGCAGAAGCCAAGGGUCGUCAACGUUUAUACCCACGGCAAAACUAUUGCACAUGGAGGCCCAAAAGGGGGUAGGACAAAAUGAGAUAAAGAAGGAGGUACUCGGAGGAGCGGGCACCCCGAGCAAAGCAGAAUCGCUUAACAGAGUGGAAUCCCUUAGCAGAGCGGAAUCGCUUAAUAGAGCUGAAUCGAUGAGCAAAGUAGACCCUGUGGGAGGUAGCACCCCCAAAAUGAGACCCACCAGUGAACAAAGGAAAAGCGCUACGAUGCUUAAACGACCCGGUCCCAUGGAACAAAAGAAUGUAAAAAGUAUAAUCGAAGAAAUUGCUGAAAAAACAGAAAACGCCAAAAUUGUGGAGAAGUUGGACAUUGAGGAACUCACCAAGAAGAGGCGGGAAGAACUAUACAGAAAGCAACUGGACAAAAUCACCAAGCGAAAUGAAGAAAAUGAAAAAUAUAAUCGUAUAUACAAGCAUGACGUGGAUACUAUCAAGGAGUUUUACUUGCAAGUGAAGAACAUAAUUCAGCAUGAUCACUUCAUCACUGAAGAAGAAUGCGUCCAUUUAUUUUCCCCGCUUCAGACGGAAGAAUGCAACUACCUGGAGAGUCACGUGCCUUUCUUCGUGACGAUAACUGUUUUUAUUUUAAGCCUUACCCAGAAGUGUGCAGAUGAAGUGUACCUGAAGAAGGCGGCCAAUUUGAGGCUUCUGUUUCUUCACCUGAAGGAGAGAAGCAAAAUUGAGAACCACGACGAGUAUAUCCUAAACGAUGUCGUAAAGAUUUGUGAUGAACUGAAGUACCCGCACCUGUCAGAGGAGACAUCCCUCAUCGAAGCUACCUUUGACGCGCUUCUCUUCACGGGCGUUAUUUCCAAGGGGUCAUUUGUGAAGUGGUUUGAUGAGGACAACUCCGACUCGGAGCUGAAGAGCAAAGCCAUGCUGCAGUUGAUCUAUUGGCAUAAAUGGCUCACCGACGAAGAGCCUGAAAAUGUUGAAGACGAAGAAGAAGAAGAUGAACUGGAGAUGGAAGAAGCUGAGGAUGGAGAAGCUAAGAGUGAAGACGACAUGAAGGAAAACCUACCAAAGAGUUAUUUGUUUAAAAAAAUAAAAAAGAAAAUAUUUUGA